AUGUUAGAGGUCGAAGAGGAAGAAGAGGUAGUAGAUGUAGAGGUAGCCCCAGAGGCUGAGCCAGAGGCAGAGCCUGAGGAGGAACCUGAGCCAGAACCAGUGGUACAUGAGGAAGAGACCUAUGAAGAGGAAGAGGAAAAGCCAAAGUUCAGGCCCAGUGCACCAAAAAUCCCAGAAGGAGACAAAGUGGACUUUGAUGACAUCCAGAAAAAGCGACAGAAUAAGGAUCUCAUCGAGCUGCAGGCACUAAUUGAUGCCCAUUUUGAAUGCAGGAAAAAGGAGGAGGAGGAACUUAUUGCUCUUAAGGAUAGAAUUGAAAAACGUAGGGCUGAGAGAGCAGAGCAGCAGAGGUUCCGUACCGAAAAGGAUAAAGAGCGUCAAGCAAGACGUGAGGAGGAAAGACUGAGGAAAGAGGAGGCAGAUGUAAAGAAAAAGGCAGAGGAGGAUGCAAAGAAGAAAUCUGUUCUGACAAGCAUGGGUUCCAACUAUAGCAGCUAUCUGCAGAAGGCUGACCAAAAGAAGGGAAAGAAACAGACAGAGAGAGAGAAAAAAAAAAAGAUCUUGGCUGACAGACGCAAGCCUCUGAACAUUGAUCACCUGAAUGAAGACAAGCUGAGGGAUAAAGCCAAGGAGCUGUGGGACUGGAUGUACAAUCUUGAGUCUGAAAAAUUUGACCACAUUGAGAAGAUAAAGAGGCAAAAGUAUGAGGUAAUCUCACUUCGCAACCGUAUUGAUGAGCUGCAAAAGCACUCCAAGAAGGGUGCUGCUGCUCGUCGCAGAAAGUAAACUGUUGAUGGAGAACACUGUACCAUUUGAAGCAAUGGCCUGAUUUCUCAGCUUCCUCAAACCUACAUUUACAUCAAACUUACAGUUACAUUUUAACAGCUCUUCAAAUAUGAAAUGCCAUGUGAUUUUAUUAUAGCUCCUUUGGUUUAUAGCCACUGAAAAGCUUUUGUUCUGUGGUUGUAUAAUUAAAAUUGUAUCUUUU